AUGAAGAUCCGGUGUGAUGUGUGCGAGAAAGAAGAGGCCACUGUUUUCUGCUCUGCAGAUGAAGCUGCUCUCUGCGAUGUCUGUGAUCGCCGUGUUCACUACGCAAACAAGCUGGCCGGCAAGCACAAGCGCUUCUGUCUUCUCCACCCCACUUUCAAAGACUCCCCUCUCUGUGAUAUCUGCCAGGAGAGGCGCGGAUUUCUGUUUUGUCAACAAGACAGAGCUAUUCUUUGCAGAGAAUGCGACUUUUCGAUUCACAAAACCAAUGAGCACACACAGAAGCACAACAGGUUUGUUCUUCCAGGCGUUAAGCUCUCAGCUGCUGCUUCUUUAUAUCCAACCUCAUCCUCCUCAUGCUCUGGCUUCUCUCAAGUGGCCAAUACCACUGAUGCAAGAGCCUCCAAGUCUUCUUCAAAGAUACCCAAAACAGUUUCUGAUGAGGCCUUGAAUUGCUCCCCAUCAGUGGAGCAAACGACGUCGUCUUCCUCCUACAAGACAGGAGAGAAUUGUGGCAGUGACAAUGGCUCUGUUUCAACAAGCAGCAUAUCAGAGUAUCUGAUGGAGACGCUGCCUGGGUGGCAUGUAGAAGACUUUUUCGAUUUUUCAUUUGCUCCCGAUGGUUUCUGA